CUUUUUGUAUUAUGAUGUUGCCAAAGAUUUGUUCUCAUGAUAUACUAGUGGAAGUUAUUUUGACAAGAUAGAGAAGAAAUUAGUGCUGAGCAGCAGGAACUAAUCCUUAGGAACCAUUUUGAGCUGCAGAGAAUUAAAGUAUUUGCUGCCUCUUGCAACGUGCGAAGUAAUGUCACAUUGCAAGUUGGCUUUUUGGCACGGAGGUUAUGUUUUCAGUCCCAUCUGUAAUUUCUUGGUAGUAGAAUAUGUCCUACAUCUUCAGUUUUCAAUGAAAUUUGGUGGAAAGUUUGGCUGUGAGCCAAGGAAUUAGUUUUUUGUCUUUUUAAAAGGAUUUCUUAACAUAUUGAGAUAAAACUUUUUUUUUUUCUCAUGAGCUGCUGCUCAAAACAAUCUGGCACAUCCAUGUGUUUUAAUUUUGAUGUAGAUUACAAACUGAAACAUUUCAGAUAUUAAAAUAAUAUAUAAUAUAAUGCUUUCUAGUUAAUUCUUCAUCUGAACACGGACAUCACAUGAGAAGAAUAAGCGUAGACUCAAAGUUUGGACUUUGCUGGCGCGACAUUUCUGCACAGAUCCAUCCGUCUCUCUUUCUCUGUGUUUCUCUGCUGAUGCUGGAUUCUGGCUCAGGUAUUUCUCACCCUGUUGAGAUGCAGAGAUCGAGGACGAGAAGAACAAAAAAAAAAGACGGAGAGGAUCCCGUCAGUGCCUGGGAACCUGAGGGAUCCUGGAGAGACAGAGAGAGGACAGGGGGAACCACCGGGCUGAUAAUGCUGUGAGGAGAGCUGCUCAGGGAAAGCUAAAUCAGGUUGUUUUAGUCCUCAUCUGUAUCCUGAAAGCGUCCUGUGCAGGAUCUGGUCUGGUUUGAGGGAACUCUGCAGCACCAUGGGAGCCUCCAGCGACAAAGCGUCUCUCCUCUCAGGGCUGCUUGUGUUCACGCUGUGUGUCGUCUCUUCCCUCUGCCAGGAGGAAUAUUCUGGAUACCACUCAGGUGAGGAACACACCUAUGAAGGCUCCGUAGUCGACCACUAUGACAGCUUAGCCUCUCCUCAGCCAGAGUAUCCACCUGAGGCCACUCACAGCUAUGACGAGGACCAGAGGCCCAAGGAGGGGGACUACGACCCCUACGGCCAUGCCCCCACGCAGGUCACCAUGAUCACCGAGGACGCCUUCCCCUACGCCACCACCGCCGAGUCCCACUACGCCAAGGAGGACACAGAGUCCAUGCAGGUCCCGUAUGAGUAUCCUCCAGCAGGACCAGACACAGAGUCUUCGGAGGAGUCUGGGGGCGACGCGGCACUCGGGGAGGAGGGGCCGACAGAGUGUGACUGUGAACCCGGAGAGCCCGGAUUCGCUGGCUUCGCAGGACCAAAGGGAUCCAGAGGUCUGCAGGGUAAAACCGGUGAGCCAGGAACUCAAGGCAGAGAGGGUUAUAAGGGAACCAAAGGGGUUCGGGGAAGAGGAGGAGACACCGGACCAGUGGGCGACCCCGGGCCUGAAGGAGAUGACGGAGCUUCUGGUUUCUCUGGAGCUAUGGGAGAACCUGGACUUCCAGGAGACCCAGGCGAGCACGGAGAGCUGGGUCUGAAGGGGGACAUCGGUAUGGAGGGACCCCGCGGAGGAGUUGGAGGUCCUGGUGAGACUGGCCCUCAUGGUGACCCUGGGCCUCCAGGACCAAAGGGAGGUAAAGGUAUCAAGGGGUCUCGUGGUGACGAAGGCAAACAGGGUCCCGAGGGACGAGACGGACAGAAGGGUCAGACCGGAGCUCCCGGGUUUCCAGGUGACGUCGGCGAGAGAGGAUACACUGGUUAUCCUGGAGAGCCGGGAGCCAUCGGACCCAGUGGACCAAAGGGCACUGGAGGGCACAGCGGCCUGCCAGGCAGUGACGGCGACCCCGGAGAAGAUGGUCCUAUAGGAGUCCCGGGUGUGAUGGGAGAGCCUGGACUCUUUGGUACCAAGGGCAGUAAGGGGGAUCGUGGUGUGAGAGGACCUCGAGGCAGAGCGGGCGCUGCGGGAGCUGUAGGAGAGCAAGGAGAUGCCGGAGUGCCAGGGAAACCGGGACCAAAGGGCCUGCAGGGCCAGACUGGGGCCAAAGGAGAGACGGGACCUGAUGGUGAGAAGGGUGCAGCAGGGAAGAAGGGCAUUAAAGGUGCCAAAGGACAAAAGGGAGUCAGGGGAGACCGUGGGGACAAAGGACAGCGCGGACCGAAAGGUGCAGUCGGUCGUAACGGCGUCCCCGGGCCUGUGGGACCGCCCGGCCUCCCGGGUACCAGAGGAGACCGCGGUCUGACCGGUGACCUGGGUGUUAAAGGCCGAGCGGGACCCAAAGGAGUUCCAGGUCCUUCUGGUCCUGGUCUAACUGAUGAGCAGGUCCUGCAGCUCUGCAAAGGCGUGGUCACGGCCCAGAUCUCCCAGUACGCCGCCUCCAUCCGGGCCAAGUGCUCCCAGGGCUGCCCCAUCAACAACCGGACACUCAUCGGGCCCCCGGGAGCCCCAGGGCCAUCGGGAUCACCGGGCAAACCUGGUAAAGCAGGAAAAGCGGGAGCCAAAGGAGCCAGAGGUGUUCAAGGUGACAGAGGACUGGAGGGACAGAAAGGAGCGCAGGGUGACAGAGGUCAAAAGGGACCUAAAGGCCUCGCAGGUGAUCCAGGUAAAGGGCUGCCGGGACCUGACGGACCACAAGGCCUCAGAGGUUUGCCAGGUCACCCGGCAGAACCCAAAAACGGCAUGGAGGGUCCCCGAGGUCCCCGUGGCUUCCCUGGUCCGGUCGGUCAGCCCGGCAUGCUCGGGAUUGCGGGUGUGCCGGGAUUUUGCGAGGCGCGGGACUGCAGCAUUCAUGCGCCGGUGACGCGCAAAGAGCAGGGUCUGGUGAAAGGACCCGUGAGUUCAAAGAUCUGAACCUGAAGGACCGCUGUGAGAUUAUAGAAGGUCUGAGAUUCACCUGGUGGCAACUUCAAAGUUCAUCUCAUUGAAUUCCAGCUGACGUUAGAACUGGGUUCAAAUGGGACAAAAUAUGUGUUAAAUUUAUGACAAUAGUUUGUUUAAAAGCUGCGAAUGAUUCUAUCCCUCAUUGACUGUUGUUGAAAAUGUCAGUGGACCAAGUAUAGUACCGUGGGGCACUCCGCUUGGCAGGUUUGGUAAGAAAUGGGAAACUGUGCAGGAAUGAAACCAGAAGACUUUUCCAUCUGAGCCGGCUGCAAGUGAACCUUCAACAUUUUAGAGGUUUUAUUCUUCAUAAAGAGAACAGAACACUGUUACAGUUUUGAUCAGGAACAAUUGCAUCUGAUGUGUUGUAAUUUGAUAAAAAAGACAAAAUGAUUCCCCACUGAAUCCUUUCUUCGGUUUAGUUUUUGUUUUCUCUGGUUAAAUAAACAAAAAUAAAAAUGCCAUGUAAAUAUUUUGUAAAGUAUCUCAAAUACAUGUACUGUGCUAUGAAAUAUGCUUCAGAUAAACUGUCUGAUGUUUUUUAA